AGAAAUGUGCAUUAAAACCAUCUUUCAAGGUGGCACAUAUUGUUUGUGCAUAUUGUCAAGCCCUGGAAAAAGAAUUUCGGGUCUGAGCAGGGAGAGUUGGUGUCUAUCCCACUUUAUUGGUUGCUGGGAGUCGGGAGCCAAUACCAGGCUGUAUUUGGUCUUACGUCACCUUAACACUCGCUUGCUUGGGGAGUGAAAAGGAGGAGAGAGUGAGGGCUCCCUCCCAAUGGAGCUUCUUCUUGACACCGCCGCCACCUCUAUGUCUGAGACCCCCGUGACCUCUGACACUGCUAACUGCAGCGGGUGGGGGGCGCCCUACCUGCACAAGUUAGCUCACCUGGACAUGCAGCUGUAUUACGACUUCUACGCUGUGUGGGUCUCCCUCAUGGUGUGCAACGGCGUGAUGCUGGUGCUGGGCGUGGUCCUCAACGGCCUGGCUCUGUACGUCUUCUGCGGCCCGCACCACACGCAGUCGGCGUCGGCGGUGUACACGGUGAAUUUAGCUGUGGCCGACCUGCUGGUGGCGCUGUCGCUGCCCGCCCGCAUAGCUCUGUACCACAGCGGCGGGCGCUGCGAGGCCUGCGCUUACGUGCACGCCUUCAGCUACUUUGUCAACAUGUACUGCAGCAUCCUCUUCCUCACCAGCAUCUGCAUCGAUCGCUACCUGGCCGUGGUGCACGCGUCGUGCACGCUACUUCCGUGGAGGAGCACAGGUGCGGCCAGGUGUGUCAGUGUAGUCGUGUGGACGCUAGCAGUGGUGGUCACCUACUCCUUCCAGACAACGGCGCUUGAGCUGAGCACUUCCUGUGUGGUCCUUCCUGCUCUCUUGUACGUCACCAUCCUGGAGUUCCUGCUGCCCCUGCUGGCCGUGGUCGGCUUCACCCUGCGUGUGGCCUGCUUCCUCUCCACCGGUGGGGGUCUGACGGCGCACCAACACAGCAGGGCGAGAAAGGCGCGCGCCGUCAAGCUGCUGACCGCCGUCCUCCUCGUCUUCACCGUCUGCUUCACGCCAUUCCAUGUCCGCCAGGUGCUGGUGUACUCCGGCGUCCGCGUGGGAGCCGAGGGUCACCCGGCGACGGGGCACGUGCUGGCUUACCACAUUACUGUGACUCUGAGCAGCCUGAACAGCUGCCUGGAUCCGGUGGUGUACUGCCUGGUGACAGACAGCUUCAAGAGGGUGUGGAGAACACGCAGGAGAGGAGGGGAGGCGGAGCUUAGCAAGAGCGCGGGCGCGGCAGUGGCGAUUGCUCACAGGGUGGCUGCGCUCACGCUGACCAGCGCGCCCACAUCCCCCGAUACCGUGGAUCACAAACAUGCACACAAGUGUGUGUCUGUGGGAACUGUCCAAUAAUACAGAAGUGAGGUCAAAGGUCACCUGCUGUGUUUGAUGGGCUUCUUCCACACUAAAGUCAUCUGAGCACUGAGGAACGGUCUGUCUCAAAGUACAGGACCAUGAAAGUGGAACAUGUUCCAAGAUCAUCCAUUAGAGUGCUGUAUGCUUGUAUUACCAUUAUAUAAUGUACUUUGUCAGGGGUGUCCAAACUUUUUUCCACUGAGGGCCGCAUACUGAAAAAUUAAAGCAU